CUGAGGAACGAACUUCCGCCAUCAUCCCCAUUUCUUAUUUUUCACUUCGAGGUUGCCAUCCCCUACGAACUUGGAAUUCGCGUCUUCGCAAGCCUUCCGAUCAAGUUAAAGCCUCAACGAAUUAAUUAAAAAAAAGAAGAAGAGAGAAGAAAACUGAACCGAUACACGAACAGUGAGCAUCCAAACGGGCGCGACCAGGAUGGCGUCUCCAGACGUCGACUCGCCUCCUCCCCGUCCGGCUGAUAGGUCCCCCGGCCCAGAUGAUCGAUCUCCACGCCGUGAACCAAAUGGUGACCGAAAUGGUGACCGGGAAACGGAACGAGAGCGAGGACCAGAGCGAGGACCAGAGCGAGGACCAGAGCGAGAACGAGAACGAGAACGCGAACGGGAAAGGGAAUCGGACCGGGACGAAAGAGGGACUACAAAUCGAAGACGUGCCGAAGGCCGAGACCGACGCCCACCUCGCGAUGGGCCCAACGUCGGCGUCGCGGACAAGUACCGCCCUGCUCCCAGGAAACGCAGCCCGCCGCCUGUCAAGACGGAGGAGGAGAAGCAAGCCAUCGCAAAGGCCGAGUACGAGAAGCUCUCGUCGAUGCGUUCCGGUGGUACCUACAUCCCCCCCGCACGGCUUCGCGCUCUGCAGGCCCAGAUCACGGACAAGUCGAGCAAGGAGUAUCAGCGACUCGUGUGGGAGGCGCUGAAAAAGUCCAUCAACGGUCUCAUCAACAAAGUCAACUACUCCAACAUCAAGCACAUCGUUCCCGAGCUGUUCGGCGAGAAUCUCAUCAAGGGCCGAGGUCUGUUCUGCCGUAGCAUCAUGAAGGCCCAGGCCACCUCCCUUCCUUUCACUCCCGUCUUCGCCGCCAUGGCAGCCAUCGUCAACACGAAGCUUCCCAUCGUCGGCGAGCUCCUCGUCAAGCGCCUCGUCAUGUCCUUCCGUAAGAGCUUCAAGCGGAGCGACAAGGCAGUCUGCGUCGCCAGCACCACCUUCCUCGCCCACCUCAUCAACCACCAGGUCGCGCACGAGAUGCUCGCCGGCCAGAUGCUUCUCCUCCUCCUACACAAGCCCACCGACGAUAGUGUCGAGAUUGCCGUCAACUUCAUGCGCGAGGUGGGCCAGCACCUUCAGGAUAUGCAGCCCGCCAUUGCCAUGGCCGUCUGGGAUCAGCUACGCAACGUCCUUCACGAGGCCGACAUCGACAAGCGCGUCCAGUACAUGAUCGAGGUCCUGUUCCAGGUCCGCAAAGACAACUUCAAGGACAACCCUCCCAUCAAAGAGGAGCUCGACCUCAUCGAGGAGGAAGACCAGAUCACCCACCGCAUCGACCUCGACGGCGAAAUCGACGUCCAGGACGGCCUGAACGUCUUCAAAUACGACCCGGACUGGGAAGAACAUGAGGCGGCGUACCAGAAGUUGAAGGCCGAGAUCCUUGGCGAGGGAAGCGACUACGAAGACGAUGACGAGGAUGACAGUGCGGACGAAGACGACGACGACGACGACGACGACAAGGAGGAGGCAAAUGAAGAGCAAAAGGCGAUGGAGAUCAAGGACCAGACCAAUACCGAUCUCGUCAACCUGCGGCGCACCAUCUACCUUACCGUCAUGUCCUCCAUUGAUCCCGAGGAAGCCGUGCAUAAGCUUCUCCGCGUCAACCUCCCGCCCGGCCGGGAAGCAGAGCUCCCGUCCAUGAUCGUCGAGAUCUGUUCACAGGAAAAGAAUUUCACCAAAUUCCACGGUCUCAUUGGCGAACGCUUUGCCAAGCUGAACCGGCUCUGGACGAAUCUCUUUGAGGAUGCUUUCGUCGACUAUUACAACAAGAUCCAUCGCUACGAGACGAACCGCCUGCGCAACAUUGCCACGUUCUUCGCCAGCAUGCUGGCUAGCGACGCCAUCGGCUGGCACGUCCUUUCCGCCAUCCACCUCAACGAGGAGGAGACGACCAGCUCCAGUCGUAUCUUCAUCAAGAUCCUCUUCCAGCAUUUGGCCGAGGAGCUGGGCAUGCCCAAGCUCCAGGCCCGCAUGAAGGACGAGAUGCUGCAACCCAGCCUGGCCGGCUUGUUCCCUCGCGACAGCGCGCGGAACGUGCGCUUCUGCAUCAACUACUUCACCAGUAUCGGCAUGGGCGCGCUUACCGAGGAGUCGCGCGAGUUCCUACAGAACAUCCCCAAGCCGGCACUGCCGGCGCCUGCCGCCGACGAUUCCGACUCCGACUCGGUAUCGAGCUAUUCCUCCUACACCGGCUCAUCCUAUUCGCGAUCCAGGUCCAGGUCCCUGUCCAGGUCCCGGUCCCGGUCUCGCACACCACGACGCCGCUCUAUUAGCGAUCGCGACCGCUCCUAUACUCGCUCCCCUACUCCCCGCGGCCGUGACCGACGCCGCUCCUACAGUAGCAGUCGCAGUCGCAGUCGUAGCCGAAGCCCGAUCCGUGAACGCUCCUAUACCCGCUCACUCUCCCCCGCUCCGCGUCGCACCGUUAUACGAGACGUCUCCUACUCUAGCAACCCAUCCCCCAGGCCAACGCGUCGGUAUUCGAGCGAUUCGCGCUCCCCUUCCGCGGCACCGGCCCCGCGAAGCAGCCGUCGCAGCCGAAGCUUGAGCGAUUCACCCCCUCGCCGUAGGCCAAGACGCAACAGCUCGUCUGUCAGCAGGUCUCCUUCUCGAUCGCCAUCCCCUCCUCGGGAGAGAGCAGCGAGGAACGAUUCGUAUUCGGCUAGCCCACCGCCCCGUCGAGGUGCAGCGGCAGCACCACCAAGGAGGGGACGCAGCCCCACGCCUCGCGAUCGUCCCUCCUCGCCGCUGCCAGCUCGCCGCAGGAGGAACAGUUCUUCUGUCAGCAGCGGGCCGAGAAAGAAACCUCGGUACGUCAAGAGCCGGUCGCGUGGGCCGCUAUCCGAUUCGCGUUCCCGUUCGCGUUUGCGUUCGCCGACCCGGAGCCGGAGCCGGAGCCGCUCUCCUCUCCCACGUCGCGGGGAUAGCCGGUCCCCAGCUCCACCUUCUGCGAGGGGCACGCGCAACAGGAGGCGGGAUUCCUACGAUUCACGGUCGCCCAGCCCUCCCCCUCGGAGGCAAAACGGCCCGGGCGAAGAGUAUGGCGCUACUCGGGGUCGAGGUACGGGACGCGGCCGGGGUUCCGAACGUGGUCGAGGCGGACGUGGAGGACGCGCUGGCAGAGGCGGACGUCAUGGCUACCGCGGCAGGCCGAGGUCACGGAGUCCUGACCGUGUUGUGGGAGGGGACGGAGGUCCGAAGAGGCGGAGACAUGGCGAAUCGCUUUCGCGGUCUCGUAGUCCGCCUCCCGUCAAACGGGGACGGAGGUGAAUUUGCCGUGUCUUAUUGGCUUGAACAUGGAGAAUGGGGAUAUCCGUAUCUGAUCGAAGCAGCAAGGGAGAGAUCGACAAUAGAGGACAUGGAGGACAUUGCUUGUCGGAAAGGCAGGUUGCUGUUGUGGUUUGCUGGCUUCUGAUAGAUGCUUUCGGCCGGCGUUCAACUCAGAUUGGAUGCAAUGACUCGGCCUCGGAUUUAAUUGUAUGAAUAUUUCCACCAAGAUGCGAUUCAGAAGCUUCAUCUUGACCUCGUUCCUAGGUCCAUAUAUCUAUCUAUAGAUCUAUCUCGUUCUACACCCGCUAUCA